CCCGUGUCAGAACAGCAGCGGGAACUCUCAGUCCUGGAAGCGAGUCGUGUUCAGGGUCCAUGGAAGGAGUUGAGGGUCCCAGUACGGAACUUGCUAAAGCCAUAAAACCUAUCGACCGGAAGUCAGUUCAUCAGAUUUGUUCUGGGCAGGUAGUACUGAAUCUCAGCACUGCUGUGAAAGAAUUGGUAGAAAAUAGUGUGGAUGCUGGUGCUACUAAUAUUGAUCUAAGGCUUAAAGACUAUGGAGUGGAUCUCAUUGAAGUUUCAGACAAUGGAUGUGGGGUAGAAGAAGAAAAUUUUGAAGGCCUAGCUCUGAAACAUCACACUUCUAAGAUUCAGGAGUUCGCUGACCUCACUCAGGUUGAAACUUUUGGCUUUCGGGGGGAAGCUCUGAGCUCACUUUGUGCACUGAGUGAUGUAACUAUUUCUACCUGCCACACAUCUGCAAAGGUUGGGACUCGAUUGGUGUUUGAUCAUAAUGGGAAAAUUGUCCAGAAAACCCCCUACCCACGACCCAGAGGGACAUCAGUCUGUGUGCAGCAAUUAUUUUAUACGCUACCUGUGCGCCAUAAGGAAUUUCAAAGGAAUAUUAAAAAGGAGUAUGCCAAAAUGGUCCAGGUCUUACAUGCAUACUGCAUCAUUUCAGCAGGUGUCCGUAUAAGUUGCACCAAUCAAGUUGGACAAGGAAAGCGACAGACUGUGGUAGGCACCAGUGGAAGCUCCAGCAUAAAGGAAAAUAUUGGCUCUGUGUUUGGGCAGAAGCAGUUGCAAAGCCUCAUUCCUUUCAUUCAGCUGCCCCCUAGUGACUCUGUCUGUGAAGAAUAUGGUCUGAGCUGUUCCGAUGCUCUACAUAAUUUGUUUUAUAUCUCAGGCUUCAUCUCAGGCUGUGCACAUGGUGUUGGCAGGAGCUCAACUGACAGACAAUUUUUCUUCAUCAAUCGGCGGCCCUGUGACCCGGCAAAGGUUUCCAGACUUGUGAACGAGGUCUACCAUAUAUAUAAUCGGCAUCAAUAUCCAUUUGUUGUUCUUAACAUUUCUGUUGAUUCAGAAUGUGUUGAUAUCAAUGUAACUCCAGAUAAAAGGCAAAUUUUACUACAAGAAGAGAAGCUUUUGUUAGCAGUUUUAAAGACCUCUUUGAUAGGAAUGUUUGACAGUGAUGUAAACAAACUUAAUGUCAAUCAGCAGCCACUGUUGGAUAUUGAAGGUAACUUAAUAAAAAUGCAUGUGGCAGAAAUGGAAACGCCUCUGCCAGAAAAGCAGGCGAGUUCCCCUUCUCUAAGGACUCAAGGAGCAGAAACAAAGGUAGUGUCCAUUUCCAGGCUGAGAGAGGCCUUUUCUCUUCGUCACACCACAGGGACCCAGUCUCAGGGCCUAGAGACUCCUGAACCCAGGCGGAAUUCUCCAAGACAAAAAAGGGGUGUACCAUCUUCUAGUGCCUCAGAUCCUGUCUCUGGCAGAGGCUUUCAGGACCCUCAGGGAGAGGUGGUGAGUCCCAGGAAGGACUGUGUGGACAGAGUGGAAAUGGAGAAAGACUCAGGAUGCAGUAGCACUUCAGCUGGCUCAGAGGGAGGGCUCAGCACCCCAGAAGCCAGCAGUCACUGUAGCAGUGACCAUGCGGUGAGCUCCCCAGAAGACAGAUCUUCACAGGAGGAUGUGGGCUCUUGUGAGAAACUACCUGAAAUGGAAUAUCACCUUUCAGAUGUGGAAAGCUGUUUAAACCAAGAAGAUACUGGAUAUAAAUUAAGAGGUUUGCCUCCAACAACUGAUAUUACAUAUUCGAACACCAAGCGUUUUAAAAAAGAAGAAAUUUCUUCAAAUGCUGACACUCCUCAAAAUUUGGUUACUACUCAGAACUUAUCAGUGGCUCAGGUUGAUGUAGCUGUUAAAAUUAGUAAGAAAAUAGUGCCCCUUGACUUUUCCAUGAAGUCUUUAGCUAAACGAGUAAAGCAGUUAAAUCACCAAGARCAGCAAAGUCAAAGUGGGCAGAAUUAUAGGAAAUUUAGGGCAAAGAUUUGCCCUGGAGAAAAUCAAGCAGCAGAAGAUGAGCUGAGAAAAGAGAUCAGUAAAACAAUGUUUGCAGAGAUGGAGGUCCUUGGUCAGUUUAACUUGGGAUUUAUAAUAACCAAACUGAAGGAGGACAUCUUCCUCGUGGACCAGCAUGCCGCUGACGAGAAGUACAACUUCGAGAUGCUGCAGCAGCACACUGUUUUCCAGGCUCAGAGGCUCAUUGCACCUCAGUCCCUCAACUUAACUGCUGUCAAUGAAGCUGUCCUGAUAGAAAAUCUGGAAAUAUUCAGAAAGAAUGGCUUUGAUUUUGUCAUUGAUGAAGAUGCUCCAGUCACCGAAAGGGCUAAGUUGAUUUCCUUGCCAACCAGUAAAAAUUGGACUUUUGGACCCCAAGAUAUAGAUGAGCUGAUCUUUAUGCUGAGUGACAGCCCUGGGGUCAUGUGCCGGCCAUCCCGAGUCAGGCAGAUGUUUGCCUCCAGAGCCUGUCGGAAGUCUGUGAUGAUUGGCACCGCUCUUAACACAAGCGAGAUGAAGAAGCUCAUUACCCACAUGGGUGAGAUGGACCACCCCUGGAACUGUCCCCAUGGAAGGCCAACCAUGAGGCACAUUGCCAAUCUGGAUGUCAUUUCUCAGAACUGACACUUGUCAUUUUCUUUGUAGAUUUUAUUGUAGAUUUUUGUGUUUUGAAAGACAGGGUCUUAAGUAACACUUUUUUGUUUCAGAAUUAACCUGCUACUUUAAAAAAAAAUGUACCAGAUCCACUUAAAAAUGAUCUUAAGCCAGGUGUUGGUGAUGUGCUCCUGUUGUCCCAACUACUCAGGAAGCUGAGGCAGGAGAUUGCUUGAGCCUAGGAGUUCCAACCCAACCUAGAAAACAAAUUGAGACCCUGUCUAAAAAAAAAAAAAAAAAAAAGACUUGAGAAUCUUUCAAACCAUGUGGAGCAUUGCUUGCAAAUUUUUUUUUGUUCUGCAUUUGAAUGUAUAUGUGUAUACAGGCAAGAACUUAUUUUACAAAAAUAAGAAUACUUUGGAAGUUACCUAGGCCUCAGUUCGGCUGGAGGUGUUUUAGUCUGCAGCUUUCCACCCUCAGUGUUCAUUAAAUUCAUUUUGGUUGAAAUUCAUUAGCUUAAGAUUAUGGUUCUUUUGGGUUAGUUAUUCUCAACCCUAAUGCAUAUUAAAUUUAAAAAAGAACUAAUCACAAAAAUGCAAAGAGAAUUCUCUGCUUGGCUAAAACACAUGACUGGAUGAAGAUGGUGUUGCUAUUUUUAAGUGCUCCCAGUGCAGCAAGCGUUUGGAAACUGCUGUUCUAGGCAGAGGGAAAGAAAAGAUUUUGAUAUUUCUGUACCUUCAUACUGUGAUUUGGUUUCCUUGGGAUGUGAACUGCAGGUGUUUCCUUCAUGGGCUCUCCCCAUUUGAACUGUUGCCAAAAUGGAAGUAAAAAUGCCUUUUUUUUUUUUUUUUUUACUUUUACUAUGGAUUCCAAAUGGUGGUAGGGGUACAGUGAUGACAAGUAUGAGCAACGCACUGCCACCCCUUUCCCCAGAGAGUGGCUUCUUAGGAGAGCAGACCUCCAAAGUCUAGCAUUCCUCAGAUGUAACCAGACAGUAGUCAUUUCAUUCACUGUGCCAAGCUGUAUACUGGUUGUGUUUCUGCAUGAUCUCAUUUAAUAUCCACAAGAACUCUACAAAUUGGGAAUUGCUUUAGGCAUUAUGAUGCCCCACCGAGAUGACUGGGUCCUAAUCCUCAGAGUGUGGGAUGUCAUCUUGCAUGGCAAAAGGAACUCUGCAGAGUUUUUAAGUUAGAUUAGCCUGUACUGUCUAGGGGGCCCAGUCUCUCACAGGAGACCAGAGUAGAGACCACCCUCCCAGCUCCAGCUGGUCAGGGAGAUGCAGUGUUGCUGAUUUUGAAGAUGGAAGAAGGCUACGCUAGCUAAGGCAUCACUAAAA